UGCCCGGGCACUGUCGCCACCUCCUCCCGGCUCCGAUGCCUAUUUUAGAACUAGCUGCGCCCAGGAGCAGGGGCUGGGGGGCGAAAGCAAGGGGCUGAGCAGAAUAAAGUGGCUGAGAACAAUCACCUGCAGAACCCCAGGAGAGCUAGCGCCGAACCUUGCGCCCCGGAUUCUGGGAGCGCUUGAUUCGCUUGCUCGGGGAGAAACUUUGGCCCAUGUGAGCUCGGUUUUCCGUGGCAAAGAUCGAAAGGCUCCACGAAAACUACAGGUCAGGGAGGAAACAGCAAUUUCAUCCUCUAGCAAUCACAGAAUUUCAGAAUUGAAAGGAACUUCAAAAGCAGCUAUUUGGGCUUCCCUCCGGAAGAAACAAGAUAAGAGUUUUUCACAAUGAAUCACACAGAUCCCAGUUCACUGAAUGAAUUAACAACAAGAGGUCUUAUUUCUGAAUAUGAAAAUCUCAUACCUGUGCUUGCCAAUGGAACCACUUGUGAAAACUGGAGAGAGAUACAUCACCUGGUUUUCCAUGUAGCAAAUAUCUGUUUUGCAGUGGCUUUGGUUAUUCCAACUACCUUGACACUUCAUAUGAUAUUUCUUAGAGGGUUGUUAACUAUAGGAUGUGCUCUUUUUAUUGUCUGGGCUACACUCUACAGGUGUGCUUUGGAUAUAAUGAUCUGGAAUUCUGCAUUCCUGAUUGUCAACUUGUUGCAUUUUCUUUACCUGUUGUACAAAAAGAGACCGAUAAAGAUCGAAAAGGAACUUACUGGUGUAUACCGGCGAAUGUUUGAACCAUUACGUGUACCCCCGGAAUUGUUCAAAAGAUUAACUGGACAGUUUUGCAAUAUUCAGACCCUAAAAAAAGGCCAGACCUAUGCUGCAGAGGAUAAAACAUCUGUUGAUGACCGUCUGAGUAUUUUAUUAAAGGGAAAAAUGAAGGUCUCCUAUCGAGGACAUUUUCUGCAUAAUAUUUACCCCUGUGCCUUUAUAGAUUCACCUGAAUUUCGAUCAACUCAGAUGAACCGUGGUGAAAAAUUUCAGGUCACCAUUGUUGCAGAUGAUACUUGUAGAUUCUUAUGCUGGUCAAGAGAGAGAUUAACUUUUUUUCUGGAAUCAGAGCCAUUCCUUUAUGAAAUAUUUAGAUACCUUAUUGGAAAGGAUAUCACAAAUAAAUUAUACUCCUUGAAUGACCCCACAUUAAAUGAUAAGAAUGCCAAAAGGUUGGAACGCAAGCCCAGUCUUUGCUCACAGAUUUCAGUGAUGCAAAUGAGAAACAGUAUGGCUAGUUCAAGUGACAGUGAAGAUGGAUUGCAGCACUUCCUUCGGGGGACCUCCACUGCAUCUUCUAUUCGUGUGCCUUCCCCGUACAUGAGAGCCUCUGAAAAAAUGAAGCCUAUUGAAGAAGCUGUUGAAGAUGAUGUCUUUGAGCCAGAAUCUCCAGUCAAGACUAAAAUUCGUUGAUUACUCCAGCAUACAAAGAGUUCAAGAUCAAGGAAACUUUGUACUCUGGUCAAUUAAAAAAAAUAAUCAUCUUAAAGAGA